AUGGUGCCGUUAAGAUCUUCGCGGGCCCUGACCUCGCGAGUGCUCCGCCGUUACUAUUCAGGUGCCCCGUCGCCCUUAGCCAAGCUUAACUUGCCAAUCGACUACAAGUCCACUUCACUCCUUCACCAUACCCCCUCUUCACUUUCUGGGGUCGCCGACUUUCCCGCUGCCGCUACCAGCAAACGCCUAAAUCUGUUUCAGGCCAUUAACUCUGCGCUACGGACCGCGCUAUCAACUUCAGACAAGGUCCUACUCUUCGGCGAGGAUGUCGCAUUCGGGGGUGUUUUCCGUUGCUCAAUGGACCUACAGACAGAUUUUGGCUCAGAUCGUGUGUUCAAUACCCCCUUGACCGAACAAGGUAUUGCGGGGUUCGCUAUCGGUGCUGCGGCCGAGGGAAUGAAACCCGUGGCAGAGAUCCAAUUCGCUGAUUAUGUAUUUCCUGCAUUCGAUCAAAUUGUCAAUGAAGCCGCCAAGUUUCGAUACAGAGAAGGAGGGACAGGGAUCAAUGUGGGGGGCUUGGUGAUUCGAAUGCCAUGUGGUGCUGUCGGACAUGGUGCAUUGUACCACACGCAAUCUCCCGAGUCCCUCUUUGCGCACAUUCCGGGCGUACGUGUCGUAGUGCCCCGGUCACCUUCACAAGCCAAAGGACUGCUAUUAUCGUCCAUCUUCGAGCACAACGACCCCGUGAUCUUUAUGGAACCAAAGAUUUUGUACCGAGCAGCAGUGGAGCAUGUGCCCAAUGAGUACUACACCAUUCCAUUGAGCAAGGCCGAAGUGAUCAAACCUGGCAAAGACCUCACAAUCAUUUCCUACGGUCAACCAUUAUAUCUGUGCUCAGCCGCCAUAUCUGCGCUUGAGAAAAGCAUGCCGGGUGUCAAGGUAGAGCUGAUUGACCUGCGCACCAUUUAUCCAUGGGAUCGUCAAACUGUUCUAGAGAGCGUACGUAAGACAGGAAGAGCCAUUGUGGUACACGAGAGCAUGAUCAACUAUGGUGUUGGUGCCGAGGUAGCAGCCACAAUACAAGAGGGUGCAUUCCUUCGAUUGGAGGCCCCUGUCAAGCGGGUGGCUGGUUGGAGCACUCAUACGGGGCUGGCUUAUGAACAGUUCAUCCUACCAGAUGUUGCAAGAAUUUACGAUGCGAUGAAAGAGACCCUGGAAUACUAG